CAAUCGCGGGAAGUGCGUCUUGCUGGGACACAGUGGAGGUCUGCGCUCCGGUCUGAGGGGCGGUAGGGUGUAUUCUGCGCUCGCCCCACACCCGCGAGUCCCGCGCCGCCCGACCCAACGGCGGAGCCGCCCAGCGCCUCCCGUGGCACCCGCUCCCUCCUCGCUGGGGCGGGACGUGGCCCGACGGCUCCGGUCACUAUGAGUGAAACAUCUUUCAACCUAAUAUCAGAAAAAUGUGACAUCCUAUCCAUUCUUCGGGAUCAUCCGGAAAACAGAAUUUACCAGAGGAAAAUUCAGGAACUCAGCAAAAGAUUUACCUCAAUCCGAAAGACCAAAGGAGAUGGGAACUGCUUCUACAGGGCCUUGGGCUAUUCCUACCUGGAGUCUUUGCUGGGCAAGAGCCGAGAGAUCCUCAAGUUCAAAGAGCGUGUGCUACAGACCCCAAAUGACCUUCUGGCUGCUGGCUUUGAGGAACACAAGUUCAGAAACUUCUUUAAUGCUUUUUACAGUGUGGUAGAGCUGGUAGAGAAGGACAGCUCGGUGUCCAGCCUGCUGAAGGUGUUCAAUGACCAGUGCUGCUCGGACCGGAUCGUGCAGUUCUUGCGCCUGCUCACAUCGGCCUUCAUCAGGAACCGAGCUGACUUCUUCCGACAUUUCAUUGAUGAGGAGAUGGACAUCAAAGACUUCUGCACUCAUGAAGUGGAGCCCAUGGCCAUGGAGUGUGACCACGUCCAGAUCACAGCUCUGUCGCAGGCACUGAACAUUGCUCUGCAGGUGGAGUAUGUGGAUGAGAUGGACACAGCUCUGAACCACCACGUGUUCCCUGAGGCUGCCACCCCUUCCGUUUAUCUGCUCUAUAAAACAUCCCACUACAACAUCCUUUAUGCAGCCGAAAAACACUAAUUUUAGGCCAUGCCGGAGCCUGUCAUCUAAUGGACUGCAUUCUGAAUGGAACAUUCUGCCUUGGCAAUUUUUUAAUUGAUUUAGACAACUAGAAACAUACAGCCUUUUGGGUAAAGCCACUGAACUGAGACCUGUGCCCACUAUGGACUGUCAUGACUUAAUAGGAAUUUUAGUAUUUAUUUUGAUAGAUGAUGUAAUGCCUGCUAACUCUGGACCAGAAAGCCAGGAACCCUAUGUAUCCGUUUACUGUAAGAACCUCGUUGGACCUAUUUAUUUAUCUGGAAGAGGUUCCUGGCAGUGUUGACAUGCCGCUGUGUAAAAAUGGGGAAAUCCGGUUUAUCCUUAACAGGGACAGUAGCCUUCAUAGGGGGGGAAAAAAAAAAAAAAAAACUCAGGUCAGCUGUCAAAUUCAGGUGACUCACCAGACCUAUGAAGAGUCCAGCCCUGCUAUGUAUGUUGGGUGUGUAAUGGUAGACAACUGUCUGAAUGUGAGGGGCUUGUGUGGAGUUUCCUUCAUGAUGGCUGUGCUUUCCCAUCCAUUGGGGGGUGGGGGGAGAGGGAGUGGGGGAGAGAAAACAUGAGAGACUUUUAUACCAAAGUCAGAAAAGGGUUUUAGCCUUCAGCAUGAAGCUCAGGUUGUGAAGUCCUUCUGCCUCAGGGCCACAGCUCUUGACUUUGAAGACAGGCCCUUCAGAGUUUGGCUGUCAGCCCCACUUGGAUAAGGCUUGACAAAGCCGAGGGCUUGUACCUGAGUCAGUGUUUAUGUCUGGGACUGGGGAGCUGCAUCUGCCCGCCCAUCAUCUCCAGUGAAUUCUAGAAGUAGGGUCUAGGUAGUCAGCUGGGUAGGGGUGUGUACAGCCUGGAAACAGGAAGAGCAGAGCACAGGGUCUGCAAGGCUCUUCAGUUUUCCCCAGCCCAACUUUGUAGGCAGCUAGGCAUAAAAGAACAGACAAGCCAUACAAGUUGGCAGCAGGGACGGUCCCAAUGCUGGCAGCAGCCUCUUCGUCUGCACAUGCCCCUUAACAGCCCCUUACUCGCCUUGCUGCCACCCGAGGACACUGGGGGACAAUCAGCCUCCAGCUGGCCUGAGGCACUAACUAGCCAUGCCUUCCUCUGUAGGACAGCCAUGGAACCACCCACUAGUACCCUUCCUUGGGUGCAAGGUUCCCUCUCAAUGUUUCAUUCUGCAGGGCUUAAGACUUGUGGUGCUACAGUGAGGGUCUGCCAACAGUCUGCACACAGGACCAGAAGGAUCCAAGUCUUAAAUCUCACAUCUGUAUCUUUUCUUCUGCUUGGUGUAAGCCAAAAACUCCCAGAUGUCUGGGCAGUGUGGAAACCAAGGCCAACAUUUAGAUCCAAGGGCCCCAGCUACUGAGUCUGUCACUGACACAGAGUAUAUAAAUCUGACCUUCAUCUUUUGUUAAGUGUCCCACCCUGAUCUGGGUAAGAGUGUUUGUGACUAUGACAAGUACCCUGGAAGAGCAGGCACUUAUUUCCGUGACUAUCUUCAGCCAGACUAUUCUUCACUUCCAAGCUGAAUGUAUGAACAUAGGAUGCCUGCCUGGGCUGCUCCAAGGAGUUCAGAUGGGUCUGGGAACAGGACAAUGGGAACUUGGGAACAUGCUAAAACCUGGCUGACCACAGCGAUUUACUGGCUAGGCUACAGCAACAAAUCAUGCUAGCACGCCCACUUUCUGAGUGACUCCUGCACCCCUACAGCCACCUCUUUCUACACAAAACCCUGAAAAUGCAGGUGCUUUAAGAGAUCAUCUUUGCAAAUGCGUGUAUAUGCCUCACUUUCCCAGUAUACCUGCUCUGGCUGUCUUCCUGAAACAAAUGAAACUCCACUGGGGCCAGCUGCCCAAGUUCAAUUCUCAACUCUGUGAGCUUGGCCAAGCCACUUCACCUCUGAGCUUUGGAAGCAGAGAAGUAUGCCUCAGAAGUGAAUGGCCUCCUUAAGUAUGAGCCACAGGGAAACAAUGUGACAUCUAAGAGCCAAGUAUACAGCCAGCCUGGGACAACAGGGCUCAGGGUCAGUGAGUGCCCAAGCCAAGCCCUACAUCUUCCUUUAGAUGAAAACAUCUUCGUAGCAUUAAAAGUUUCUAUAACAACUUUCA